UCCCACCCUCCUCCCGCCGCAUCCCUGGCACAGGUCGUUCCAUUCUGGCCUCUCCACUUUCCAAAUCUGUGGCCAGCACCCCUCCUGCUCCCAUGCAGCCUCUGGCAUCCAUCUCCCGCCAGUUCUUAUGGUCUUUUCUCUUAGGAGUCAAUAGGGAUGGGGGUAACAUAUUUGCUGAAAAAACGUGUAAAGGAGAAAGGUAUGGAGACCAGGGACUGACCAAUUUGUCUCACACAAAAGCAGAGAUAUUAAGGAGGCCGGAUUUCACCCCAGGCUAGACCUCACCACCACCGCUAUCUCUUCAGUUAUUUCCCCCACCUUCCUCAUCCAGUUCUGUCCUCCAUCCCGGGCAGUAGGGUCCCUUUCUCCAUUCUCGGGGCAUCUGCCAUUCCACCUAUCUAAGCCCAACCUCUCCCCCCAUCCAGAGUUCCAUUCAGUGGAGUCGCCUCCUUGUCCCUCCUCCUCUGAACCCCGAGACAUGCGAGACAUGCGGCCUUGUCUUGGCUCCACCUGUCUCUAAGACCGUCCCCCCUCCCUGCCUCCAAGGAACCCCAGGGUUCCUCCCGCCCAGCUUCACCACCCCCACCUCUUUCCCGGAGUCUCCGCCCCCUGCCCCGCCCCCGGGCCGGCUCUGGGAGGAGGGGAGAGCUGCUGUCGCCGCCGCCGCCUCAGCUUCCCACAGCCGCUACCGCUGCCGCCGCUGCCGCCGCUCCGCUUGGUCCAGCCGCCAGGCCCAGUGCUCACUUCGCCAGACCCGGGCGCUCUGCGGAGACACCCUCACUCCUUCCUGGGGUCCGGGACGCCUAGCCGGGCGUGGGGGGAAGCUCCGCUUGCGGGGUACAGGGAGGGAGGAGCCUGGAACCGGAGCCAGCGCCAGCCGUCCCCGGAUCGACAAGACAGGACAGGUUGAGGGGCGUCGGGGAAGGAAGAGGGGGUGCUAUAGGCAGUCCCGGGGAGGACAAGGAAGCCCUGUCGCAGAAAGCUCUGAUGCACUCUGACUUAUAGCGGGUCUGUUCACAUUUGGGGACCCGUGACAACGUGGGUGCACUCCUCUCUCGGGGGGCUGGUUGGAUUGGAGGGCGUGGGAUCUAAACAGCACCAGCUGUCCCCGGGGAAAUUAGGGGCUGCCAGAAAAAAACAAAAAAGCCAAAAACCUAUGCUCCUUAUUCCGAGGUGACAGAGGGCCCUCCAGACAACCACCUGGUGUAACCACUAGGAAGGGCGGAUUUGGAGGUGACUUCAAAAGGAGUGGAGGGUAACAAGGUGAGGAAAGGGGCUCAGCAGCUGGAACCCUGUGCCACUAGAAAUGGGGGUGACUUGGUAAAAACCGGUAUCGUCCAGAGACAGGGUCUGGGAACCUCUUCUUGCUGAUUGGCGACAGUCUGGAUAUUUCAAGGCAUCGUUUUUGGGGGAUUUCAGUGAAAAAAAGUGGGGGAUUCUUCACUUAGAGGGUGGCAAAGGAAAAGACACCAAGGUUGGGUUCUUCCUAGACACUGGCAGCACCCCAGCAGGGGUGGGGUGAGCUAAUACCCCCAAAGCUAAGGACCCACACCCUUAAAAUUACAAGAGUGGCUUUGGCAGGAGUGCAGGGCCCGGAAAUAGGGUGGAAAGGUGCCUGGGGAUAUUGGAACCACAUCCUGGAAAAUGUGAGGGUCUUGGCUUUGGGAUAGUGUUAGUGGGGGACAGGGACACUGGAGAUCAGAGAAGGGGGAGUUUUCUGUGGGGGGCAAAGGUCGAGGGUGGGGUCAACUGAGAGGUACAUAGGCUGCUGGGUCUGGCGAAGCUAGCACGAGGCCCAAGGGUGGGAGCUGGUGCCUGGGGUGGGGGUCGUCUAGGGCUUAUCCUCAGGUCCCGUGGGUGAGGCGGCGAGUCGGACCGGAGAGGCAAGACCAUGUCCUGGUGAGCUAGCGGGCUUCUCUGGGGGGGGGGCCCAGCGCGCUCCGGGAGCCUGCCGGUUUUGGGGUGUCUCCUCCCGGGGCGCCAUGGCGGCACCGGCCAGCAGCCUGAUCCGGCAGAAGCGGGAGGUCCGCGAGCCCGGGGGCAGCCGGCCCGUGUCAGCGCAGCGGCGCGUGUGUCCCCGCGGCACCAAGUCCCUUUGCCAGAAGCAGCUCCUCAUCCUGCUGUCCAAGAGCCUCAGCUCAAAGGCAUCGUCACCAAACUGUUCUGCUGCCAGGGUUUCUACCUCCAGGCGAAUCCCGACGGGAGUAUCCAGGGCACCCCAGAGGACACCAGCUCUUUCACCACAUUUCACAGCUGAGUGUCGCUUUAAGGAGUGCGUCUCUGAGAAUUACUAUGUCCUGUACGCCUCUGCUCUCUAUCGCCAGCGUCGUUCUGGCCGGUCCUGGUACCUGGGCCUGGACAAGGAGGGCCGAGUCAUGAAGGGAAAUCGAGUCAAGAAGACCAAGGCAGCCGCCCACUUUGUGCCCAAGCUCCUGGAGGUGGCUGUGUACCGGGAGCCUUCUCUCCACAGUGUCCCUGAGACCUCCCCUUCCAGGCCCCCUGCCCCCUGCCAUGCAGUCCCCGGACUGGAGGCUCCCUGCCCUCGCCACCACCACGGCCUGUCUCCCAGCCCUGCUUCUGGCCCUGCUCUCACCCCUGCUGCCACGCUCAUGCCCUGAGCAGCCAGGUCCCACCAGGUGCUCUACCCAGAGGGAGCCUAGGGGCCGGCCGUGACUUCCGGGGCUGCUGAGACCCUCAGAUCCUUGGGCCCGGGAAAGGGGUCAGAGAGGGGGAUGUCUGAAAAUGGUCCUGGCUGAUCACUUCUUUCCUUCCACACUCACACCCUCCAAAGCCUUUUCCCGAGAUGGCGCGGGGGGUUCCAAAACUGACAAAGCCAGGGCAUAAAUCUUCUGCACCCCGGGCUCAGCCAGUUCCUGGAGCCCUUUGCCCUUUUCAUGGCCACCAAGCCAUAGAUUUAUAGGUCCACUGGAGCUCAGGAUUAGUUUCCUUCUUUCCCUACUCCACCUUUUGCCUUGUUCCAGACAGGUUCUGGAACACCAGGCACCCCAGCCAGGGCCAUUUGGCCAUUUCUGCACUCAGGGUCUGUGCUGGAACACAGGCAUGCUGCCAGGCUCUGUUCUCGAUCCAUCAGGCUUCUGUCCUUCACCCAGAUGGACCCCUGGUUUCCAAGUGGAGAGAGGCUGGAUUUGGGCCCUGUCCAGCUGUUGGUCUUGGCCUGAAUUGAGCCAGUCUCAGAUCACCGCAGGUUUAACUUUCUUACCCCAGAGACACCCAAUUCUAGAGCGUGAUGUUCUAGACACGUACGGAGCCAUACUUCCUUCUGAAUCUCAGCUCUAGGACAUAGACCACGACUCUCAGCCCUUCCCUCUAGGAUGGAACUAGAGCCUAUAUAGCCAUGUUAUUGCUCUAGAGUAAGAGUUCUAGACCCACGCUCCCACCUUCUCUAGUGAUACCUGUUAAGCAGGAGCUCUGGAAAGGACACAGCUAUGAUUCACAAAGAACUAAGUUCUGGAUGGAUCAAGAACCACUUCUUGUUUUCCCUAGACAAUUUUCCAAAAAUCUUAUGCUUCCUAUAGAAUGCUAACCUUAUUUUUUACAUGCAGUUUCUAGCUCCUGCAACUCAGCUGGGGUCCUGCCAGGGAACAGAGGCUGAGGAAGGGCAGAGGAAUUUUGGAAGGAAUCCCUGGCUCAUAGAAGGGCAGCUAGGAUGGGGAAGGGGCCAGAACUAUGGCAUGACUGGACCUGUGCCUGGGUUGGGGGGACAUGAACACUUAGCUACCUCAGCAGGAAUUCCUUCCAGGUCCCCUUUAAAGCUGAGGUCUUUAGGGUAAUGGGUCUAGAAUCAAAAAGACAAAUGGGACAUAGCUUUGACCCCCCCCCCAAAUGAGGAGACCCCAAUUCAGCAAUAAGUCCCACCCUUCUCCCCUACGGGUCAGGCCAAGGAGGGUGAGGGCCUCUUGGUCUCUAGACCUUAUACACCCCUCCAGCUUCUAACUGAACAGAACUUGCUUUACCUCAGCUGGAUGUCAGGUACCCAAAAAGGCUCUGCUCCCAGGGGACCGGUCUCCACUCCAUGCUUUCUCAAUUAAAGACGAUUUAUACAA